UGGAUAGUCGAAGAGAAUUACAAUAUCUCUAAAGAUUUCCGCAAUGUUCAAAUAGAAACCACUGAAAGAUUAAAGACUGAUACAUCACUUUCAUAUACUGCCAAUCCCCAAUUCAUCAAACUUGGUAAUGAAGCGUGGAAAAAUAUAUCACCUAAAUAUUUGACUCCUAUUACAUUUUCAGGUAUCGUUCAUACAAUGAUCAUUGAGUAUAGCAAUUUAAGUCAUAUGUCAUCACUUUUGAGUAUCAAGAGCAAAAUAAUCAAUGAAAAUAAUAUUGUUUUUAUUUGUGAUUUAGAUUUUAUCUGA